CAUAGAGUACGUUGCGUCAAUCCAUUGUCCUAGACAGUUGAUAUAUCACGUUUCAAUUAAGAGGUAAAUUUCUCGAAUUUCGUAACCUCACCAAAACCAUCCCUGCUUUAUUUAGGUAACUACGCAUAAGAAGGGCAUGGCCACUAUUUUUCCGUACUCCGAGUUCAACUCCAAGGAGGACGCCAAAGCACUCCGAAAAGCCAUGAAAGGAUUUGGCUGCGACGAGGCGGCAAUCAUGGCGAUAAUCUGUUCUCGUAGCAACAAACAACGCCAAGACCUUAUUACGGCCUACAAACAAGUUCAUGGGCGCGAGCUAAUGAAAGAUCUGAAAAGCGAAUUGUCCGGAAACUUUGAAAAUGUCAUUCUGGGCUUAAUGACCCCACUGUCAAAGUAUCUCGCUCAGGAAAUCAGGCGAGCUAUUAAAGGCAUCGGCACUGAUGAGGGUGUAUUGAUCGAGAUCAUCUGCACGCGAACGAACGAUGAAAUUUCAAAUAUUAAAAAGGCAUAUUCACAGCUGUAUAACAGGUCGAUGGAACAGGACAUUGUUGAUGAUCUCUCUGGUGAUUUCAAGCAUCUAAUGAUGGCCUUAAUGACAGCUAGCCGACCAGAAGACAGGCAAGUGAAUUUGGCUGAAGCGAAAAAGGAAGCCAAGGAACUUAAAACUGCCGGGGUGGAUCGUUGGGGUACAGACGAAGGAGUGUUCAUUACAGCGCUAUGUAGCAACAGCCUUGAACAAACAAAAGCCAUUUUUAAGGAAUACAAAGCUCUCGCAGGUCACGACAUUAUGGACGCGAUUGAGAAGGAGAUGAGUAGCAGUUUGAAAACGGCAUUUCUGACUAUUGUGAAGUGCAUGCAUAACACCCCACUGUACUUCGCCGAGCGGCUGGAGAAAGCCAUGCGUGGCCUAGGAACUGAUAACAGAACUCUUAUUCGUAUUCUUGUGUCGCGCUGUGAGGUCGAUCUCGCUGAUAUAAUCAAAGAGUACCAGAGGAUCUACGGGAAGUCACUCGUUAAAGCCGUCGAGGAAGAAACCUCAGGGGAUUAUAGAAAAGCACUUAUGUAUAUCAUAACUGGGGCGCCAAACAUUUACGGCUAAGUAUCAUCCAGAAUGGUUUACCGAAUGAUGCUGUUAAAAAAAAUUCACUGGUUUUAGAUGCAGAGUGUCCGCUUGUUCACAAUAUAUACAUGCAAUUCAGUCAGCCUAAGUUCCAGAUUUUGUUAAUAUGAAAGUUGUUUUUUAAUCACAAAGCAUCUGGCACCACGUCAAAACACCCGACCUGAAAAGUAUUAUUGAACAUAGCUCUUACUACUUAAACAUUGCAUUUUAUGUAACUAGGUGAGUUCUAGUUAAUCAUUAUAGUAAUUAGAGGUCUGGUUAUCGAUCGAUAUACUUUUGGACAAUGUUAUUAUUUACCAAUUAUAGUUAGGAAAAGCAUAUUAUAACCUACGAUCUACUGGCCAUUCGCUGACUCAACCUUCUUGUUUAUCAUUCGACGUCUGGGUGUGUCUUGGGGCCUGAGAAGUGUAGCUGUUUAGCGGAAUCAUUUCAAUUCGAUCGAUUUUAGGAUACUGGAUUAUGGAUAAUGUUAUAAUAUGCAACAAUAAUGAAAAACGUAAUUCAAAAUACAAACGCCACGGUGUGUCGGAACUAUGCCUUCCGUGACAAAUUUUCAUGCAGGACGUUGACAUGUUUUUUUGCAUUGCACCCUUUAGUUUAAAGAUGACCAAAAAAUAUUAG